GGCAGUAUGACUCAUUUUAAGAUUUGCCAAUGGGGUAAGACUAUUUCACUCGACAAGCAAAUGGGACUCCAUUUAAAACAAGUUCAUAUUUUCUGCUUCAGUGGAAAAACAAUUUAAAGUCUCAUUACGAGACUAAAACACUUGUUAAGACAGACAUUUUUGCGGUGCAUUCGAUUACUUUAUUUGUUCGCCCACCGGAUUUCAUUUGGGCAAUUUGUAAGGUUAGUUUGCUCCCAGCUUUCAUUUGGAAGUGUUGUCGUAACGGACGUAAUGAAGGGCUAAAGUGGCCUCGAGCUUGUACGAUGUGCAGUAAGUGCUGCAUGACCUCACUGCAAGCUCUGAUGCAGCACCUGUUCCAAUGGGUCUGCGAUGACAUCUUGUGGAAAGACGCAAUCGCGUCUUCUACGUUGAUGGACCACGAGGAGCUGGAAGACAGAAGAAUGGGAAACGCCCGUCUGCGGUACGAGGAAGAGGAGGACCAUCAGUCCAUCUACAUCGGCGUGCCCAUGCCGCGGGGGUACAGGCGCAAACGCCGGCGUCGACGCUCCAUGUCCAGAGACAAAGGAGACCGGGAUCGGGACCGGGACUGGGACCGGGAUCGGGAUCGGGACCGGGAACAGCAGGAUCACCCGGACGGAGAUGAGGGGGAGCGAUUCCACGGUGACGGAGGAGGAGGACUGGAUCCCCUCGAGCAGACCCCUCCCCCUGACAUCAGCCAAACCGUGUCCCCAGCGGUCGAGCGGCUACGCUACAUCCUGUGUGAUGAUGACGACGUGCCGACGCCCACUCUGUUCACGGAGAUGGACACACUGCAGCACGAGGGGGAGGAGCUGGAGUGGAAGGAGUCUGCUAGGUGGGUGAAGUUCGAGGAGAAGGUGGAGGAGGGCGGGGAGAGGUGGAGCAAGCCGCACGUCUCCACCCUGUCCCUGCACAGCCUGUUCGAGCUGCGCACCUGUCUGCAGAACGGGACGGUGCUGCUGGACCUGGAGGGGUACUCCCUGCCCCAGAUCGUGGAUGACAUCAUCGAGAGGCAGGUGGAGGAGGGCCUGCUGGAGCCGGAGCUGAGGGAGAAGCUGGUGUACGUUCUGCUGAGGAAACACCGGCACCAGACCAAGAAGCCCAUCCACCGCUCUCUGGCCGACAUGAGGAAGUCCUCUGGCUCUGGCCGCAGUCGGAGCUGCAGCCCCAGCCCGGGGGCGGGGUACAAUCCAUCCACAGAGGACCUGCGGAUGAAGCAUGGCAGCUAUGGCCGUCUGCGUCACGCCCACAGUCGGAGCAUGAAUGACAUCACAGACACGCCCAGUGCGGACCAGCUGAAGAACAAGUUCAUGAAGAAGAUUCCCGCCGACGCAGAGGCCUCCAACGUGCUGGUGGGGGAGGUGGACUUCCUGGAGAAGCCCUUCGUGGCGUUCGUGCGCCUGGAGCAGGCCGCCACGCUGGGGGGGCUCACCGAGGUCCCGGUGCCCACCAGGUUCUUGUUUGUGCUGUUGGGCCCCCCGGGGAAAGCCAAGUCCUACAACGAGAUUGGCCGAGCCAUCGCCGCCCUCAUGGUGGACGACCUCUUCGGUGAUGUAGCGUACAAGGCGCGGGACCGCGAAGACUUGAUCGCGGGAAUCGAUGAGUUCCUGAACCAGGUGAUAGUGCUGCCGCCAGGAGAGUGGGACCCCAAAAUCCGCAUCGAGCCCCCCAAGAAAGUUCUCUCCGCAGACAAGAGGAAGUCGAUCUUCUCCUUAAACGAGCUGGGCCAGAUGAACGGGGCGGCGGGCAGAGGUGGGGGCGUCGCGGCGGACGAAGAGAUGCCCGCGGCUCACGAGCUGGGCGAGGAGCUGGCCUUCACCGGGAGAUUCUGCGGCGGGCUGGUGCUAGACGUCAAGCGGAAGCUUCCCUGGCUCCCCAGCGACUUCUACGACGGCGUCCACAUCCAGUCCAUCUCCGCCGUGCUCUUCAUUUACCUGGGCUGCGUCACCAACGCCAUCACCUUCGGGGGGCUGCUGGGGGACGCCACCGACAACUACCAGGGUGUGAUGGAGAGCUUCCUGGGCACGGCCUUCACGGGGACGAUCUUCUGCCUGUUCGGAGGCCAGCCGCUCAUCAUCCUCAGCUCCACAGGACCCAUCCUCAUCUUCGAGAAGCUCCUGUAUGACUUCAGCAAGAGCAACCAGCUGGAUUACAUGGAGCUGCGGCUGUGGAUUGGGCUGCACUCCUGCGUCCAGUGCUUCCUGCUGGUUGCCACGGACGCCAGCUACAUCGUCAAGUACAUCACGCGCUUCACCGAGGAGGGGUUCUCCAGCCUCAUCUCCUUCAUCUUCAUCUUCGACGCCAUCAAGAAGAUGGUGGGCGCCUUCGCGUACUACCCCAUCAAUACCGGGUUCAGGCCCGACUCCGUCACGCAGUACAAGUGCGAGUGUGUGGCACCCGACCCAGCUUCAGGGGUUCUGGACAACAGCACGAAUCUCUCUGGGUUGAACUCCACAGUCCUGAACUGGACCCAGCUGGGUAAGCAGGACUGUCUGAGGUUCGGGGGCGCCCUCUCGGGCGAGGCCUGCGGGUACAUCCCCGACCUGGCCCUCCUGUCCUUCAUCCUCUUCUUCGGCACCUACUCCAUGACCGUCUCGCUCAAGAAGUUCAAGUUCAGCCGUUACUUCCCAACCAAGCUCCGGAAGCUGGUCAGUGACUUCUCCAUCUUCGUGUCCAUCAUGACGUUUGUGGGCCUCGACAUGCUCAUGGGGCUGAACACUCCCAAGCUCAUUGUCCCGUCUGAGUUUAAGCCCACGCGUCCGGACCGGGGCUGGGUGGUGACGCCGUUUGGGAAGAACCCCUGGUGGAUGUACCUGGCCAGCUUCGUCCCGGCCCUCCUCGCCACCAUCCUCAUCUUCAUGGACCAGCAGAUCAGUGCCGUCAUCGUCAACCGCAAGGAAAACAAGCUCAAGAAAGGCUGUGGGUACCACCUGGACCUGUUCUGGGUGGGGCUCCUCAUCGCCGCCUGCUCCUUCAUGGGGUUGCCGUGGUACGUGGCUGCCACGGUGAUCUCCAUCGCCCACAUCGACUCGCUGAAGAUGGAGAGCGAGUCCAGCGCGCCCGGGGAACAGCCCCAGUUUCUGGGGGUCCGGGAGCAGAGGCUGACGGGGAUCCUGGUGUUUGUGCUAACAGGUGUCUCCAUCUUCCUGGCACCUAUAUUGCAGUUCAUCCCCAUGCCAGUCCUGUAUGGAGUAUUCCUCUAUAUGGGUGUGGCCUCGCUCAGUGGCAUCCAGUUCUGGGACAGGAUUAAGCUCUUCAUGAUGCCGUCCAAACACCAGCCCGACUACUCCUACCUGCGCCACGUGCCUUUGCGGCGGGUCCACCUCUUCACCCUGGUGCAGAUCGUCUGCCUGGCGGUGCUCUGGACCCUCAAGUCCACCGUGGCCGCCAUCAUCUUCCCCGUCAUGAUCCUGGGGCUGAUGGUGGUGCGGAAACUGCUGGACUUGGUGUUUUCUCAGCACGACCUGGCCUGGAUGGACGACAUCCUUCCGGAGAAGGACAAGAAGAAAGACGAGGAAAAGAAGAAGGAGAAGGAGAAGGAAAAGGAGAAGAAACCCAAGGGAGGAGAGGACAGCGAGGACGAGGAGAAGCUCCAGUCCUACUCCAACCCCUCCCUCAGUGACCUGGAGUCAGACCGCAGCAUCACUCUGCACCUGAAGAUCUCCUGCCCUCCCUCCCCGGCCAUGCCCCUGGCUCCGCCCCCAGGCAGGCCGUGCCCUCUGCCCCAAUUCAAGAUCGAGGUGGACUCCAGCUACGAGGACACUGACACUGACCACCACCGCCGUCGAAAAAUGAGCAGCGAGACCACGCUGUAGGGGCACAGACGCUCCUGUGGACACUGAGCCACUGACCGUACCAUGAACGCUGUAGAUACUGACACUGUAACCGACUCCAGAAACUGUAGGUACUGACACUGUAACCGACUCCAGAAACUGUAGGUACUGACACAGCACUGACACUGUAACCGACUCCAGAAACUGUGUAACCGACUCCAGAAACUGUUGAUACUGACACAGCAUUAACCGUAGCGUACCACUUGGUGUUCUAAAAGGUUUGACCAGAAUAAUACAAUUUAAGACAACACACUUCUUUUGAAGUGUCUUUCUGACAUGUUGUAAUGUUGUUUGUAACAGGGCAUAAAACCAUGACUUUUCUCCACUUCUUCCACUAUUGUACAAUUUAGGGGACUGACUACAGGCAAACUUACUCUUAGGAUGUUUAGAAUGUCCCCAAACUAAGUUUGUAAAUAAAGUUAGAU